CAUCGACCACGAGGGAUGGCCACACCCGCCAGUCUGGAAGCUAGGCUAGUAGACCUUGAGAAGGCUAUCAACAAUCUGCCAGAACAGUCACGUACCGGCUGCAGGGAUGCCCCAAUUGCCAAGCACCUGGCACCUUCGACAAAUGACGGUGUCAUCGUUUAUCCGACCCACGAGGAAGGGCCUUACUAUGCCUUCAACCGAGGAUGGGAACGUGUAUUCUCCAAGAAGCCCAACGAGCCAGCCACCGGCCUCUACCCUCUCAUCACUCGUGGUCGGCAUGGUGUCAUUUUGGCACACUCCUGGGCAAAACACUUCGCAGCCGAGGUCGAAGCAGACCAGAAGCAGUUGAUACUGCUUCGUGUUGAGCAGCUUCUCUUGCUGAUACAGGAAACCAUCCCCUGGAUUAUCAACGCUAAAGCUGCCAAGUCUGGGAAGAACGAGGGGCAAGCUGGUGAUUCAAACGCGACGUCCAAGGCCAAGAAGGAGCUCACGACAGCAGAACUCCGAGAACGUGCCAAAGCAGCAGCGCUCAAAGCAGCUUCUUCAAGGCUGAUUUCGAUGAUCCUCUUGGCUGGUAGAAGGAGAACAGUGGGACACUAG